AUGCCGUUGAAACGAAAGAUUCGAACAACCUUAAAUCCUGACAAUUUAAUUAAAAAACAAAAACAUGAUUCAAAUCAAUCAAUCGACAUUCCCAUUAAGAAUUGCUUGAUGUGGUUUAGAACGGAUUUAAGAAUUCAAGAUAAUAUAGCACUUCAUAAAGCUUCAACCAUGAUUUUUACGAAAUCUGAAAAAAGUAAAUAUGUAUUCGCUAUAUACCUGAUUUCCCCAGAAGAAUGGAGGUCACAUGAUGUAGCUCCAACCAAAGUGGAUUUUUUGUUGCGAAAUCUAAAAGAAUUAAAGGAAUCAUUAAAUGAGUUAAAUAUUCCGCUGAUUAUAGAAAGUGUUGAUAAUGCUAGCGAUGUUCCCGGUGUUGUGAUCGAUUGGUGUAAAAGAUUGAGAAUUAGUCAUCUAUUCGCCAAUAUAGAAUAUGAGGUGGAUGAAAUGAAGAGAGAUAAGCAAAUAUUUAAUUUGGCAACGUUUAACUCAAUCAAACUCGAAAUGUUGCAUUCUCAAUGUAUUGUGAACCCGGGGUUGUUAAAAACGAAGGAAGAAAAACCAUAUAGAGUGUAUACGCCAUUCAAGAAUUCUUGGUUUCGUUAUGUUGAAUCGGAUCUUUCGAUUCUUGAACCAUUACCAGAUCUAUUUCCAAAUUCGAAAUCUAUACGUAUUUCAUAUCUGGAAACCUUUUCUUUUAAAGUUCCUUCCUCAAUUCCAGGAUUCGAAAUCUCUUCAGAAUUAGCAAAGAUUUCUCGACUCAAUUUUCCAGCAGGAGAACAAUACUGUCAUUCUUUAUUAUCGCAAUUUAUCUUGCAAAAGGCCUCAAAAUAUUCGAAUGCAAGAGAUAUUCUCUCACAAAAUGGCACGUCAUCAUUAUCACCUUAUUUGGCUUCAGGAAUUAUAUCAGCAAGGCAAUGUGUUUAUAAGGCUUUUAAAGCAAAUAAUAAUAAAAUAUCAACUGGUAAUAGUGGAAUCGUUAAAUGGAUCGAAGAAAUUAUUUGGAGAGAAUUUUACAGACAAAUUCUAGCCGCCUUCCCACAUGUAUGCAAAAAUAUGCCAUUCAAAAAGCAUUUCAAAAAUAUUGAAUGGAACAAUGAAGAAGAAAACUUUAUGAGAUGGUGUCAGGGUAAAACUGGUUAUCCUAUUGUUGACGCUGGCAUGAGACAACUUAAUGGAAUGGGUUGGAUGCAUAAUAGAGCUAGGAUGAUCGUUGCCAUGUUUUUGGUCAAAGAUUUAUUAAUUGAUUGGAGAAAAGGAGAAAGAUAUUUUAUGAAUCAUUUGAUUGAUGGAGAUUUUGCAAACAAUAAUGGUGGAUGGCAAUGGUGUGCUUCAACUGGAUCGGAUGCGCAGCCAUAUUUUAGGAUUUUCAAUCCAACUACUCAAAGUUCGAAGUUUGAUCCAACCGGAGAAUAUAUUCGUAAAUGGGUUCCAGAAUUAAAACAUCUUGAUUCUAAACAAAUACACAAUCCUUUUGGGGUUUUGAAAGGAUCGGAGUUCAAAAAGUUAGGAUAUCCAGAACCAAUAGUUGAUCAUCAAAAAGCAAGGAUCGUUGCAUUAGAAAAAUUUAAAAAUUUUUGCGUACGACUUUUACCGCUUAAUGCAAGGGAACGCUUGGUUAAUUCCAAUGCACUACCAUCUUUAUUUUUAAAAGAUGUAAACGUACCAUACUUUGAUUACUUUUCAUUCAUUAAACACGUAAAUCUACCUGAAUUAUGGUUAUCCAUUGAGGAAUGGUUCAUUCAUAAUAAUCAAUAUUUUUCCAUGGAUUAUGGCCUUCAAGUGGAAAAGCAGUUGAAAGUAUACAAGGAGUUACUCAAACACGUUGUUGAUCGUUCUGAAAGUUUAAUAUAUAAUAUAAAUUUGGAAGAUUGUAAUUACACGAGCUUUUCUGUUCCAUUUCUAUUCGAUUUAUCAGAAGUCAUUCCAAAAGGAUCUCAUCUUGAAGUUUUGCAAUGUUUUACUUGGUGGCCAGGAGAGAUUUUUGAGGAUUUUAUCAAGAUAUUUUCACAGGUUGACAUGUUAAUCCUUCAUUGUAAAGAGGAUAACGAAAUGUUGGCCAAUUUUUUAAAUGUAUCUAAAGGGCUCAAGGCUUUAAGGAUUAAUUCGACCAUCGCAUCUAUUCCUUUAAUUUCGAACGCUUUGAAUCUUAAGGCGAGAUCUUUAGAAUAUUUGGAGGUAAAUGCAGGUGGUUCGAUCUCGUUAGAAAUAUUCUCGGAAUGUGAUAACCUGGAAUGUUUGAUCGUUACAAAAGAUGAUGAUUAUUUUCUUCAAAAUAUUUUUGAUGAGAUUAAGAAUAUGAGAAAGUUAUCACUUAAAGAUUAUAGAAAGAUCAAUUUUAAAGAUACGGCGAAGAUCAUUAGCACCACAAAUUUUCAUUUAACCAGCCUCUGUUUAUUAUGGGAGGAAGAAUCUGAUCCGGAAAACUUUUCAUUACUGGUAUCAACAAUUAUAGUGCAUUGUCCUAAGCUAAAGAAUCUUGAAAUUAUAUUUAAUGAGAAUUCAGCAUCGAAGAUACUUUCAUUAUUAUGUUCAUGUGAUAAGUUGAAGAAUUUAUAUUUGAGAAACACCAAAGAUUGGAAUAUCGACAUGUGGAUGCAAAAUCUUGGACAAGUUAUUCCAAAAACUUUAAAAUCGUUAAAAUUACAAAAUUCUUUUACGUUCACGUUAAAAUCUCUGAAAAAAUUUUUAUUUGAAUGUGAAAGAAAUUCGAUAAAUGGUCUACGAUUUAAUAUUCAGGAUGGAGGUUAUUGGAUUGAAGAAGAACAUAUCAAUAUUUUGAAUGAUUCCGUUGAGAAAGGUAUUUUGGAUGCUUCAAGUCAAACAAGUUGGAUGGAUCCAAGGGAAUUCAUGCAGCAGGUGUUGCUCGUUUUGGAUGAGUAA